UCUAGCUUAUGCUACCCUACCCUCGCCCAAUAACCCUAAAUCAAAAUGCCAAGCAUAACAAAGGCCUAGGUUAUGUUUCGCUCGCUAUCGCGGAAUCUAAGAGCAUCUGGCCGGAUCCAGAAGGGCCGAUCGAUGAGCGAUGACAAAGGAGCUCGCGAAUUCGCGAUCGCGCUGGACAAAUCAAAGAAAGUCACGGUUCUCACCGGUGCAGGGAUAUCCGCGGAAUCUGGGGUCCCGACCUUCAAAGAAUGGCGAGAAUGGAGUGCCAUGCUCACGACUCCGGAAGCCUUUGCGGCGAAUCCUUCAAUGGUGUGGGAGUUUUACCACUACCGGCGCUGUAUUGUGUCCAAGGCUGUGCCAAACGCCGGACACUAUGCAAUAACAGCGCUGGAGAAGAGAUGCGAGCAACAAGGGAAGGAGUUCAAGCUUUUGACACAGAACGUAGAUGGACUGCAUAGUCGCGCAGGCACAAAAUCCGUGGAAGAACUCCACGGCUCGAUGUGGAAGACCCGCUGCUGCACCUGCGACCAAGUGCUGCAAAACUUCGACAUGCCAAUCUGUGCAGCUCUCGAUGGAAAGGGGUGUCCAGAUCCAUCAGCUUACGACGCCAACAUUCCGAGACUACAGCUCCCGCGCUGCAGGUCAUGCAAUGGAUUACUGAGGCCGCAUGUUGUGUGGUUCGGGGAAUCUCUUGAUCUCGGUGUCAUGGAGCGUGCUCACGAAUCACUCCGCCGCUGCGACCUGCUGCUCGUUGCUGGAACUUCCGCUGUCGUCCAGCCAGCAGCCGGGUUUAUUCCGCUUGUGAAAGGUGGCGGCGGCGCGGUUGCGGAAUUCAACCUCGAGGAGACACCUGCGAGCCGAUACUGCAGGUAUAGAUUCCAAGGGACGUGCGCGGAGGCCUUGCCUCGCAGUCUGGAAAUCUCUCGCCAAGAGCUGCAGGAGCUGGAGCUGGAAGCAGCCAAGAGCGCAGCAGUGUAGCAAACAACCAAACAAACGAGUCCACGUCCAAAUCUCUCGAUCCGUGACAAGCGAGUCUUUGACUCGCCCGCUCGCUUCGUUUCGGCGAGUCAGGCCAAGCGUGUACUUUGCAAAUAAAUUCUUCCGCAAGAGAGAGAGAGAGAGAGAGAGAGAGAGAGAGAGAGAGAGAGAGCGAGAGCGAGAUUCGAGCCUGUGACCGUCGUCCUAUUCCAGCGCCGUUGCAGGGAAUCGAACCCGUCACCAUCACCAGCAGUGCAUGCGGCGGCCGUACGCCGGCCGGUCCACUGACCACUUUUGGUGGCCAUGGUCAUGGCUCCAUGGGCCAUGGCUAAAGGGAGCAAUGCAUACAUGGGGGACACUGCUCUGACAAAGGUAUAAUGAGGCUGCCAAUUUCUUACGGCCAACUUACUUCUGACUUGGCAAAUCUUGUUUUAGAUUUUCCUCCUGUGUGUAGUUAGCUCGCUCCGCGAUUUUUUACCGUGGUAAAAAAUCACAAGGAUGAUCUCGAUUCCUACCUUUAAUUUUCCACGCUGGAUUUGAUCCGGAAA